AUGGAAGUUCCAAUGUUCGUCUGGAUAGCACCAAUCGUGCUAGGCAUACUUCUCCUUUACGAGUUCGUGAUAUAUCCUGUUUUUCUGUCUCCAUUGUCAAAGCUUCCAAGUGCACAUUGGACGGCUCCAAUAUCCCCUGCCUGGAUUAUCUGGAGGCGAUAUCGAGGCCAGAAUAACAGGACCAUCCAUGCAGCCCAUGAACAACUAGGGCCCAUAGUGAGGCUUGGCCCAUCGGAGAUCUCCAUAAAUUGUGUCGAGGGAGGUAUAAAGUCGGUCUAUACGGGCGGAUUCGACAAGCAUGAUUGGUAUCCGCGCGUCUUCGGCUCUUUUGGGACCGUCAGCAUGUUCACCAUGACCGGUAGCAAAGCCCAUUCUACCCGGAAAAGGAUGCUAUCCAAUAUAUACAGCAAAUCCUUCCUACAAUCGUCCCCUCACCUAAAACUUAUAUCCAAAACGAUCAUUUUUGAACGUCUCCUGCCUAUCCUUCUAGGGGCUGCCACCUCCAAAACGGAUAUCGAUGUCCAUGACCUUAACCAGGGAUUGACCAUGGAUUUUGUCUCGGCAUACCUCUUUGGGUUAACUAAUGGGACUAAUUUCCUACAGGACCAGGAAUUCAGACGCAAAAUGCUGUACCUCUACCAAUGCAGAAAACCGUUUGAAUUCUAUCAUCAAGAAGUCCCGGGCCUUUUGGCUCCCCUGAAAAGCAUAGGCAUCCGUUUGAUCCCUAAGUGGUGCGAUGACGCGAAUGAGAUCCUCGAUUCCUGGGGCUUGGAGCUUUGCGAUAAAGCGGAGGCGUGUAUUGAUUCAACAGAGCUCAAUAUCGAGCCUGUUGUAUACAAACAUCUAAAACAAGCAGUUUCAAAACAGACCCCGCUCAAGAUAGACAACCAAAGGUUGCACGAAGAAUAUCUUGAGCAGCAGAGGCUCGAUAUUGCCUGUGAGCUAUACGACCACCUCACAGCGGGACAUGAAACUAGCGCUGUCGUUCUGACCUACCUUCUCUGGGAACUAUCUCAACAUCCGGACUUACAAAAGGACCUCUGCGAGGAACUUCGUACUCUGAGCCCGGAAAUAUCCUACCCGCCAUCAUCGGCGGUACCAGAACUACCGCCAUCCAAAUCCAUAGACUCCUUGCCUCUCCUAGAUGCAAUACUCACGGAAACAUUGCGACUCCACGCUUCGAUCCCAGGAAUUCAACCACGAGUAACUCCAUUCCCCACGUGCAAGCUUGUCGGAUAUGACAAUAUCCCCGCGAACACAAGGGUAAACGCACAAGCGUACUCUCUCCAUCGCAACGCCGAAGUGUUUCCUGACCCUGAGACAUGGGAGCCGAAGCGGUGGCUCAAGGACUACAACACCGCCUCAGAUCUGGAGGAAAGAAGGCGAUGGUUCUGGGCAUUUGGAAGCGGCGGGCGAAUGUGUGUGGGGAGUAACCUGGCUGUGCAAGAAAUGAAGUUGGUUGCCGCAGCUAUAUAUGCUAAUUUCAGAACUUCCAUUGUCGACGACGACGGUAUUGAAGCGAUUGACGCUUACACUGUCAAACCGAGGGGAGAAAAAUUGGUUCUCAGAUUCGAACAUUUAUAA